UUUUUUCACGGGAUUUUUGAAUGUUCUGUACGAAUAAAUUCGGUAAUGAGUCGACGCAGUCAAAGAAUAAUUCAGAGAGAUACAGCUAUAACCAAAUGCAGAAAAAUUCCUGGUUUUGAUGAAUCCACCCCGAUCCAAAACAAUACUAUAUGCAUUGAAACAUCUGCACAAUCGUAUGACGCCGAGCCAAAGAAGGAAAAGAAAAUAGAAUCGAGUGAAACCUAUGCACUGGUGAACGUUGCAAAUGAUAUAUCGAACAAUGAUUCUGAUAUUACGCAUCCAGUAAAUGAAGCAGAAAAUUCAUUCAUCGAAAAUCUUGAAACACAUCAGUCGAACUCAAAGCCUAAAAAGAAGAUAAAAUCAAAGUCAUGUGACUUAUCGUAAGUACAAACCUGCAACUUUGUUUUUUAUAAAAAUAGGAAUAAUUUUAAAUUAACUGUAAAGCUUGGAAUAAGUAUGCAAUUUUUCCCUGCCAGGAAAUGUGAUAGUUUCAAGAAUAUACAAUUUUUUUUUCUCUUUUUUUUAUUUCAACAAUGGGCAACCUUGACUUUUUGCCGAUGGAUUCGUUGGAACUCGGUUUCGGGUGUAUCUGAAUAGGAGGAAAACGAUAAGCUGAUAAAAAAUACAUAAAAGCACAGAAAAUACAUUCGGAAUGCUGUAACCUUUGAGACAGGUACACACCUACAUUAAAUUGUGCCAUGUCGAGGAAUUAUUUCUACCGGUUUUUGAAAAGAGUUGAUCCGUUUUCAGCAUUUGCGAACUGAAUUAGUUAGUGCUACGGAGAAAACUAUUUUCUCUU